UUCUGGGCCUGCUGACAGACACUUGACAAAGGGAACGAGCAAGCAAAAGAAGCCAAAAUGGUUAAAUGGACAGACUUUGAGCGAGCCACCAUCCAGGACAUCUUCUCCAAAAUUGAUUAUGAGGUUGUUGGUCCUGCGGCUUUCUCCAGGUGUCUGAUUGUCUACCCCUGGACUCAGAGGUACUUUGGUGGAUUUGGAAACCUCUACAAUGCUGCUGCUAUAACAUCAAACCCCAAAGUGGCAGCUCACGGAAAGGUUGUCAUCGCAGGUCUGGAGAAAGCCGUGAAAAACAUGGACGACAUCAAGACCACAUACAAAGACCUGAGCGUGCUCCACUCUGAGAAACUGCAAGUGGACCCUGACAACUUCAAUCUCCUGGCAGACUGCCUGACCGUUGUUGUAGCUGGUCAGAUGGGGGCAGCCUUCACCCCUGAAGUCCAUGCAGCUUUCCAGAAGUUCCUGGCUGUGGUGGUGGCUUCCCUGAGAAGGCAAUACUACUAGACAGCCUCACAUCUUACAAAAAGAGAUUGUAUAAAUAAAAUAAGUCAUUUUUUAAAAUUA